GAAAGAUAGAUAAGUGGCAUGUUGAAUGGUUCUUUCCCUUUGAUCCCAAAUGACACCAUUACUUUGAAAUCCCCAUCAAAUCAAACCCGCGAACAAAACAGGAUUCACGAUCACAAACCUCCGUUGACCCAUUUUUUUCCCCCAAAAUUUGAAGGUAUAUCGAUCAAUCCAACAAAAUUCAAGUAAGUAUUGCGUUAAUACUGUUUGAUCUAUUCACGACUAGGGUUUUCUCGAUCCUCAAUUGGAUCAACUCAUUGAUUUCUCUAGGGUUCAAACUUGUUAACUCUUGAUACGAUCUGAUUCCUAUUCUACAGAAUUGAGUUUUUUUUCUUGUUCUUCUUGAUUUUGUGCAUUAAAUUACUAGGUUUUCUUGAUUGUGGUUUGGAUUUUUUUUUUAUAUAUGUAUUUGGCUAUUUAUUUGUAAAUAGAAGAUGUAUAGCAAUUUUAAGGAACAAGCAAUUGUGUAUGUAAAGCAAGCAGUUGAAGAAGAUACAGCUGGUAAUUAUGCAAAAGCUUUUUCACUGUAUAUGAAUGCAUUAGAAUACUUCAAGACUCAUUUGAAGUAUGAAAAGAAUCCAAAGCUUAAGGAAGCAAUUACCCAGAAGUUUACUGAUUAUUUGAGGAGGGCUGAGGAGAUUAGGGCUGUUCUUGAGGAUGGUGGAGGGAAUAAACCUUCAUCUAAUGGAGGAGAUACUGGGGUUGCCACAAGGCCUAAAUCGAAUAAAAAGAAUGGAGAUGGAGGAGAUGGUGAUGAUUCUGAGCAGACCAAACUCAGAUCAGGCCUUAAUUCUGCAAUUAUCAGAGAGAAACCGAACGUUAAGUGGAAUGAUGUGGCGGGUCUUCAGAGUGCAAAGCAAGCUUUGCAGGAAGCUGUAAUCCUACCGGUGAAGUUUCCACAGUUUUUUGUUGGGAAGAGACGGCCAUGGAGAGCUUUUCUAUUAUAUGGACCACCCGGGACCGGAAAAUCUUACUUGGCAAAAGCUGUGGCAACGGAAGCCGACUCAACUUUCUUCAGCAUUUCUUCUUCAGAUUUGGUUUCAAAGUGGAUGGGAGAAAGUGAAAAGUUGGUCUCGAAUCUAUUCCAAAUGGCUCGAGAGAGUGCCCCUUCCAUUAUUUUCAUUGAUGAAAUAGACUCGUUGGUUGGCCAACGUGGCGAAGGCAACGAAAGUGAAGCAUCUCGUCGUAUUAAAACGGAGCUUCUUGUCCAGAUGCAGGGUGUAGGGAACAAUGAUGAGAAAGUUCUUGUUCUUGCAGCCACAAACACUCCAUAUUCGUUAGAUCAGGCUAUUAGGCGGAGAUUCGACAAGCGGAUUUAUAUUCCUCUACCGGAUGUUAAGGCAAGACAACACAUGUUUAAGGUACACCUCGGAGAUACGCCUCAUAAUCUAAACGAUCGUGACUUUGAACAACUUGCAUAUAGAACUGAAGGGUUUUCCGGGUCAGAUAUUGCGGUUUGUGUAAAUGAGGUCUUGUUCGAACCUGUACGUAAAACACAAGAUGCUAUGUUUUUUAUAAAGACAUCUGAUGACACUUGGGUGCCUUGUGGACCCCGACAUCCAGGUGCCAUUGAGAUCACUAUGCAGGAUCUAGCAACACAAGGGGAGGCUUCCAAGAUCAUUCCGCCACCGAUAUCAAGAACGGAUUUUGACAAAGUUUUAGCGCGACAGAAACCGACCGUAAGCAAAGGAGAUCUUGAAUUGCAUGACAGAUUUACCAAAGAGUUUGGAGAAGAAGGUUGAUGAUGGAUUCUUGAAAGUGUUCAUAUUUUCAUGAUUGUGUUUGAAUCAAGAUUACUUGAAAAUGUAUAUGAGUUACUCCAUCAAGAUUAUUCAUUUCAGUUGAAUUUCAUUUGCAAUUAGUUUGGUUUAUUAUAAAUAAUUCCGAUUCAAAUUUGUGUCGAUUAAUCGUUAGACGAUCGAUUGUUAUUUAGGGCCCGUUUACCCAA